CCUCCGUUAUUUCCUGCAGCAGCAGCCUGUCCGCGGCUCUGCCUGCCUGCGACAGCACAGCAGCGGUGUGGUCGCUCCGAGCGCACGGUAACGGACAGAAAAGCACUCCGCACGUACCGAAGGCCUCCGAACCGCCCCGAACCCUGUUGCAGCCACCGCUCCGACGGAUAUAAACACACACGCAUAUUUCUUUUCUCACUGAAGUCGCUGUUUUCCUUUCUUAAAUUUGAUAGCCUUGCUUUAAAAACAAAAACAAAAAGAAGAUAAAAAGAAGAAGAAAAUAGUCCUCGUAAUGGCGACAGCUGCGGUGUCUGCCCCUGCUGGCUGCGGCCCCAGCCCCGGGCCGGGAACCGAGCUGGUCCGCGGGCAGGCCUUCGACGUCGGCCCUCGGUACAGCAACCUCUCCUACAUCGGGGAGGGCGCCUACGGGAUGGUGUGCUCUGCUUAUGACCGGGACAACAAGAUUCGCGUUGCCAUCAAGAAAAUCAGCCCCUUCGAGCACCAGACGUACUGCCAGCGCACCCUGAGAGAGAUCAAAAUCCUCCUGCGCUUCAAGCACGAGAACAUCAUUGGAAUCAACGACAUCAUUCGCACGCCGACCAUCGAUCAGAUGAAGGACGUAUAUAUUGUCCAGGAUCUCAUGGAAACAGACCUGUACAAGCUCCUGAAGACUCAACACCUGAGCAACGACCACAUCUGCUACUUCCUCUACCAGAUCCUACGAGGGCUCAAGUACAUCCACUCUGCCAACGUCCUGCACCGCGACCUGAAGCCUUCCAACCUUCUGCUCAACACCACCUGCGAUCUCAAGAUCUGUGACUUUGGUUUGGCACGUGUGGCCGAUCCCGACCACGAUCACACCGGUUUCCUUACAGAGUACGUCGCCACUCGUUGGUACCGAGCUCCGGAGAUCAUGCUCAACUCCAAGGGCUACACCAAGUCCAUAGACAUCUGGUCAGUGGGUUGCAUCCUGGCUGAGAUGCUCUCUAACAGGCCAAUCUUUCCCGGGAAGCACUACUUGGAUCAGCUCAACCACAUUUUGGGGAUCCUGGGUUCUCCUUCUCAGGAGGAUCUCAACUGCAUCAUCAACAUUAAGGCCAGGAACUAUCUGCUGUCGCUGCCUUUGCGCUGCAAAGUGCCGUGGAACCGCCUCUUCCCCAACGCCGAUCCUAAAGCUCUGGACCUGCUGGACAAGAUGUUGACCUUCAACCCUCACAAGAGGAUCGAGGUGGAGGAGGCGCUGGCUCACCCUUACCUGGAACAAUACUACGACCCCACAGAUGAGCCCGUUGCUGAGGCUCCGUUCAAAUUCGACAUGGAGCUGGACGACCUACCCAAAGAGACACUGAAGGAGCUCAUCUUUGAAGAAACUGCACGUUUCCAGCCCGGCUUUAGGUCCUAACGUCUCCCACAGAUGAAUCUGUGGACGGGCUUCUUGGUGGCCACUGCUCCUCCCCGCCCCCGCACUGUUGCUGUGAUAUUUCUUUUAUUUUGUAUUGUUACUAUUCUGAUUAUUCGGUUUUUUAUUUCCCUCUCCCGUCGUCCACAUCACCUGGAUUCCUUGGGUCUCACUCGUCACGUCCACUUUGCUCAGGAAUGGCGUCAGGAAUCAAUCAAUCAGUCAUUCUGUCUCUUUCUUUUUCUCUCUCCUGGGGGUGAGGAGGUGAGGAGGGGGGGAGUCACAUCACAGCUUACAGUCCUGGGGGUGAUUUUUAGUUGUUGUUUUUUGUUGUAUGUGUGUGUGUGUGUUUGCGUGUGUGUUUUUAAGCCAAGAUAAACAAUUAUUCUUUUUCGGAAGGCGUUCGGCUCCGGCUAUCGAAGACCUUUUAGCGUCCGAUUGUUUUGUUUUUCCGCCUUUGUUGAACGGUGGAACGCUAACGAGAAUCAUCCAUCGUUAUUAGAAACGCAAAUUUUCUAACCGUCGCCGCACUGUUACAAGGGUUGCAGUCUUUUUCUCUCUCUCUCUCUUUGGAAAACUAUAAAAGAAAAACCCAAAUUAAAUCACCUGAUUUAUGCAACGAAAUCACGGAAUCAGCCGGAGACGUUAACGAGGAUCUAAAUUUUAACCCUGGUGUCAUCCUGCGGGUCAAAACUGACCCGUUUUAAAGUUUGAAAAUGUGUGGAAAAAGAAUGUUCACACUUUCAACAUUUUUCGGGAAAUCUUUGAACAUUUUUUGGUGGGAAAAAAAAGGAAAUGUUUAGAAUGUUUCUUAAGAACAUUCACAAAAAAAUCAACCAAAAUCCAGCGAAUUUCGCUGGAUUUUGGUUGAUUUUUUUGUGAAUGUUCUUAAGAAAAUAUUAGAAGUUUUACUGAUAUAUAUGUAAUCACUUUAGAUAUUUUAGGAUUUUUUUGGAAGAUUUUUACUCAUUUUUUGAAAAUAUUUACAAGAAUAUUCUUGCCAAUUUUUUUUUUUUAAAUAAUAAUACUUUUAAGGGAAACUUUUGAGGAUUUAUUUGAAUUUUCUUCCUGAAGGUUUUGCAAAUUCUCUGAAAUUUGGGGAGUUUUUUUUGCUGUUUUUUUUUUUAUUAUUAUUAUUUUUCCAGACAAGGAAACAAUAUUUUUUUGGUGCCUAUAAAUGAAGACAACAGGAGGGUUAAAAUCACCUGAUUUAUGCAAUGAAGCCGGAGACGUUAAUGAGGAUCUAUGUUUUAAUCAAAAACUUCGUAUUUGAAUCCUUUAACACACAGAAAGGCCCAAAUGCAAGCAUAUAAAUAUAAAUAUAUAUGUAUAGCCUGAAGAGUCUUAAGAUAUUUUAACGGUAAGAGUGACGAUGGAAAUCUGAUGAAUUUAUCGUCUUUUUGUUGUUUUAACGACAAGAAAAGCCCGUUUUCAUUUCUCAUCGGCUCCAGUCGCACCAUCGAUUUCUGCCUUAGCCGCGAGAAAACCCGAGGAAGAAGUUCGUGUCACAUAAAGUCUGUAUGUACAGUUCGAUAUUUUUCAUAUUUCGAGGGCGAAACUUUACGAGAAUUCACACGUGGGACUCGUUUCGUCCGGAGGAAAACGUCGUUGUGCCUCCUGGUUUGUUCGUUUUUUUCUUCUUCGUCCUGUUCUGCGUCUUUUAUUUUUCUUUCUUCGUCUUCUGUCUCUCUCUCUCUCUCUCUCUCUCUCUCUCUCUCUCUCUCUCUCGCCUUGUUAGAAUAAUACUGUGCCCUUUGCAUGACUGUUAUAAGCUCUGUAUACAAAGACGACGAUGUUAAGUGCCACACAAGCCGGGCAGAUCCGCCGGGAGAGCGCCCAGCCUCUUUCCGUUCUGUUGUUCAGUCACACGUUUCCAAAACACACGGUGCUUUCUGUCCUCUUUUUGCUUUAGCAUCCUCUCCUCUCUGUCCGUUUACUCCCCCCCCCCCGUCUCCGUUUUUCGUUCGUCGUUGUCGUUUAUUUCAAACAAAAAAGAAAACUUAAAAAAAAAACUUUGGCUCUCCGUGUGCAUGCUGAGACAUCUCGUUGUGGUUGCAAAUAGGAGAAUAACCAUAUAUCUGUAUUUAUACCACACACACAAGAACAAAAACACAGAAAAAAAAUCACAAAAACCUGUCCUGAACCUGAGAAUCCAGGCAAGAUAAAGUUAUAAACGAUACUCAAAUGUAAAAGUUUGUUUAUUUUUGCUUUAAAUUGCACAUUUUAACGCUGAUGACGGUCGGCGGCGUCCGAACCAGCAGACGACUGCGGUAAAACUUUAAAAAAAAAUAAAAAUAUAAAAAAAAACAAAUGCAGCAGAAGUCAAAACCGUUUUUCUGCUACUUGUCUGCUGAUUAAAGACUGUUGAAUUUGAAGCUUUUAUUUCCAGUGGAAGGAAUUUAAAGAUUUGGAAAGAACAUGUUUACAAAAGUGGGCCUCAAAUAUGUUCAGUUUCAUGGUACAGCCUCGCCUUUUAGUGCAACUUCACGUGAAAAGUGUGACCUAAAGAAUGAAGAAGAAGUAUUAUUCACGACACUAAGACAUCUGGAGGUAGAUUAAAGUCUAAUCUGAAGGGAUUUUGGCACUUAAAUGAAGAGAUUUAAAUCUAACGUCAGAGGUUUUAGUGGCAUCGAGCUGCAGGUCACAAAAGUAAACUCACGAUUUUUACGGUUGGACUUUUCAGAGACAGAGCUCCACUGCUUUAUGUUUCUCUGUCGUUGUGGCUCUUAUAACAUAAAUAUUAAACUGAGCAGAGGGACGAAGCCAUAAUCCGUCACCGCAGACGCCGUGACCCGCUGCAGGUCGACGAAAAAAAUUAAACGGGCCGACUUUAGACGAUAUUUCACCUCUCUGUAAACUCUCAAAGAGUUCUCUGGAAGAAAAGUGUAAUUUUGACGCUAGUUGUAGGUUAAUUAGAGAGAAAAAAAUGAAGGAAAACAUCUUUUAAAAGCUUCCAAAGCAUUAAAAGUCCAAAUCUAAGAUCUAAUUAAUGUUCAGAUACCACCACAAUGACUCAAUAUUCGAAUGUUCGGGUCCAGCCCUCCAAAACAAAAACCUAUCUUGGUCCAUUUUGGCAAUUUAGUGACAAAAAACUGUUAAUAUUAUUGACAAAUUCAAAGCAAAUUUGUAGAUUAUAGUGUGCAUAUAUGUGGCAAUAAUAUGUCCAAUUAAGACAGGUAGCAGCAUGUUGUUUAUGCACUGAGAUUUUGGGGCUCAAAACGGGAUUAGAACUGACUUUUUGGCCCUUGAUGGUGUCAGAAUCAUCUAAAAUGCAGCCCGUAAAAAUUUCUAAUAUUUCUACUACCGUUUGAAAGUUUGGCUUCACUUAAAGUGUCCUUAGUUUUGAAAGAAAAUGUGUUUUUCAAUUAAAAGGCAACAUUAAAUGAAUCUUAAAUCCAGUCUAGACAUUGUUAAUGUGGUAAAUGACUAUUCUAGCUGGAAAUGUUUAAUGGAAUAUCUCCAUAGGGGUACAGAGGAACAUUUCCAGCAACCAUCACUCCUGUGUUCUAAUGCUACAUUGUGUUAGCUAAUGGUGUUGAAAGGCUCAUUGAUGAUUAGAAAACCCUUGUGCAGUUAUGUUAGCACAUGAAUAAAAGUGUGAGUUUUGUCUAGGUGACCUCAAACCUUUGAACGGUAGUGUACACAGGGGGUCCUCGGUUUAUCGUACGACGUUUCAUCGUUACGUCAGAACUGGUUUCAUGGAACUAGUUGGUGAGUGGUUGUACGCCACCUUGGAUUGUGCUACAUUCAUCAACUUUUCUCCCUUCAUUAUGGCUCCCAAGUAGAUCAAGUUGUAAAAACAGUGCAACUUGUUCUGUUGUCUUCUUGUAAAAUGACUCAGACGUGCAUGAAAGUCAUUGUGAGCUCAGAGUAGAGCCGCUGCUCCUUCCCAUCCAAAGGAGCCGGCUGAGGUGGGUUGGCCAUCUGAUUUGAAUCCCUAUGGAGGGCUUCCUUUGGGAGGAGGCCCUGAGGUUGACCCAGUAUUCUCUAGAGGGAUUAUGUAUCUCAUCUGGCCUGGGAACGCCUCGGGAUCCCCCAGGAAAAGCUGGAAAGCGUUGCUGAGGGAAGGGAAAUCUGGGAUGACGAGCUUUGUCUGCUGCCUCCGCGACCCGACCCCAGAUAAGCAGAAGAAAAUGGAUGGAUGGAUGAAAGUCGUUGGUAUUCAUGACUUUUACGAAGAACUGAUCGAUAUCGUGAUGCACGUAACAGCUUUGUUUUCAUUUUCGACAUAGUUCCGACACCAGUUGAUUUUCGCCGUAAGUCGGAACUCUGGCGUAAGUCAAGGACCCCCUGUGUUUAAUUAGAAAGUAGAACUUUGACGCUGACUUCACCCAGUGCUCCGAUUCUGCUCGUUCGCUUGUCUAAACACAACAUUUUUACAAAGCUUGUAGCACAAAACAAAAUCAUACAAACAUUUGUUGCUUUAAUUGGUUGUAAACCCGUCGAAUUGAUGAAAAAUCAAUUCCUGUAAUCGCUGAAUUGAACAUUCAAGAAAAUCCUUCUAAAAAUCAACUAAAGUGGCAUUUAUCUGUAAUAUCUUUCCUAUAAUUAGUGCGAAAUUACACUUUUGAGUCCCUCUUUGCUCGCACCCUGAAGCUGUUCUCAACUCAUCUGAUUUUCUUAGAACAAGAAAAGUUUUAUGACCAAAAGUCCGUUGCAGAAAAGGCCGUUUUUUCCACUCACUGAUUCCUGUGAGGCUGAGAUUCGAUUUUUAAAUGAUGAUUAAAUGCACUCUUCUACAGUAGUUUGAGACUCGUAACCCUGAGGUGCCUGCCGGGACUUGACUUGCCUGUAGAUAGUCUAAUUUUUUUUUUUUUUUUUUUUUGGGAGGGGUGUUUUAACGAGAACAUUAAGGGCACUGGAAACCUUACUGGGAUUAGUUGUAUAAAACGUAAAAAAAACAAAUGAAGCUUCUGCCGAGUUCUUUGUGCAAAUCUGUCUGUUUGUGCCUUUUUUGAUAGUCUUGAUAUCCAAGAUUUGAUGUGCAGCUUUCGUUCAGUCGGGACUCCGUCGUAAUCGCAGUAUAACGCUCUUAAAAACAAUCAAGUGGGAGGGAAUCUUUCAUUUCUGUACAUUUUUAAAGAGAUUCGUUGCCACAGCUGUGUGAUUUGUGACUGUAUUGAAAAAGAUGAAACAUUUAUAUAUAUUUUUUUGCGUUGCCCUUCUUCUUUUCUUUUCUUUCUCUUUUCUUUCCUCGAUGUUUUUGUGCAUAUAUUUUUAUUGUAAGAUGAAUGUUAUGUUUCUAUCAGACACUAAUCUCGUUUGAGUUGUCUCCAGUGGAACUACUUCACUCUGUAUGUUUUGAUCAGUAUAAACCUUUAAUUGUGUAGUUUCUGAAAGAGAUUUAAACAAAAAAAAAGAGAAAAAUAAGACCCUUAGUUGUCUUUUAAAGGAUUCUUCUGUUUGACCUGCCAUAGAAACUGUUUUUAAAUUGAUCGGUCAGUUUUUAUUUUUGUUUUUUUUUGUUGUUUUUUUUUGCUGUCGUGUGAAGGAUUUGACUUGAACGAAGCAUUUGCUAUUAUUAAAGACUGACUGCUACUUUGAAAAGAAAGUCUGUUUCUUAAUGUUUUUUUUUCUUUUUGCAACUUUGCCAUGACAUUUAAAUAGACGUUCAUUAAAAACACUGUACCUUCA